AGGGCGGGGCCGGAGGUUUCGAUUAGUUGUUGCUGCCGCUGGGCAAGGUAAAGCGGCGACGGCGGCCUCGGGAACUGAGGGGUACCCGGCUGGAGGUGGGGGACUCGCCAGGGAAUCAUUUACUACAUCACAUUAGAAGAAAUAUGUGAAAGUUCCUGCCAACUUGUGAGAAUUUAUUCCUUCAGCUCUGUUGUGUUCUACUUACUGCACAACUUUCUCAGAAGUUCUUUUUUGAUGCCAUGUUUUGUGGCUCGCAUCAAAAGAGGAGUUUGUCUUCAUGAAGAUUCCUAACAUUGGUAAUGUGAUGAAUAAAUUUGAGAUCCUUGGGGUUGUAGGUGAAGGAGCCUAUGGAGUUGUACUUAAAUGCAGACACAAGGAAACACAUGAAAUUGUGGCAAUCAAGAAAUUCAAGGAUAGCGAAGAAAAUGAAGAGGUCAAGGAAACGACUUUACGAGAGCUUAAAAUGCUUCGCACUCUCAAACAGGAAAACAUUGUGGAGCUGAAAGAAGCUUUUCGUCGGAGGGGGAAACUGUACUUGGUGUUUGAAUAUGUUGAAAAAAAUAUGCUUGAAUUGCUGGAAGAAAUGCCAAAUGGAGUUCCACCUGAAAAAGUAAAAAGUUACAUCUAUCAGUUAAUCAAAGCUAUUCACUGGUGCCAUAAGAAUGAUAUUGUUCAUAGGGAUAUAAAGCCAGAAAAUCUCUUAAUCAGCCACAAUGAUGUUUUGAAACUAUGUGACUUUGGUUUUGCUCGGAAUCUAUCAGAAGGCAAUAAUGCUAACUAUACAGAGUAUGUGGCCACCAGGUGGUAUCGGUCCCCAGAACUCUUACUUGGAGCUCCCUAUGGAAAGUCCGUAGAUAUGUGGUCAGUGGGCUGCAUUCUUGGGGAGCUUAGCGACGGACAGCCUUUAUUUCCUGGAGAAAGCGAAAUUGACCAACUUUUUACUAUUCAGAAGGUGCUAGGACCACUACCGUCUGAGCAGAUGAAGCUCUUCUACAGUAAUCCUCGUUUCCAUGGGCUCCGGUUUCCAGCUGUUAACCACCCUCAGUCAUUGGAAAGAAGAUAUCUUGGAAUUUUAAACAGCGUGUUACUGGACCUAAUGAAGAAUUUAUUGAAGUUGGACCCAGCUGAAAGAUACUUGACAGAACAGUGUUUGAAUCACCCUGCAUUUCAAACCCAGAGACUUUUGGAUCGCUCCCCUUCAAGGUCAGCAAAAAGAAAACCUUACCAUGUGGAAAGCAGCACUUUGUCUAACAGAAGCCAAGCCAGCAAAAGUGCUGCUUUGCAGUCUCACCACAGGUCGAACAGCAAGGACAUCCAGAACCUAAGUGUGGGUCUGCCCCGGGCUGACGAACCUCUCCCUGCCAAUGAAAGCUUCCUAAAUGGAAACCUUGCUGGAGCUACUCUUAGUCCCAUGCACACCAAAACCUACCAAGCAAGCAGCCAGCCUGGGUCCACGAGCAAAGAUCUUACCAACAACAAUAUACCACACCUUCUCAGCCCGAAAGAAGCCAAGUCAAAGUCAGAGUUUGAUUUCAAUAUUGACCCAAAGCCUUCGGAAGGCCCAGGCACAAAGUACCUCAAGUCGAGCACCAGAUCACAGCAGAACCGGCACUCAUUUAUGGAAAGCUCUCAGAGCAAAGCUGGGACACUGCAGCCCAGUGAAAAGCAGACUCGGCACAGCUACAUUGACACCAUUCCCCAGUCCUCUCGGAGUCCAUCCUACCGGACCAAGGCCAAAAGCCACGGGGCAUUGAGUGACUCCAAAUCUGUAAGCAACCUUUCCGAAGCCAGGGCCCCAAUUACAGAGUCCAGUACCAGUAGGUACUUCCCAUCCAGCUGCUUGGACUUGAACUCUCCCACCAGCCCAACACCCACCAGGCACAGUGACACAAGAACUUUGCUCAGCCCCUCGGGGAGAAAUAACCGAAGUGAGGGCACUCUCGACUCACGCAGAACCACAGCCAGACAUUCAAAAACCAUGGACGAGUUGAAGCUGCCAGAGCACGUGGACAGCAGCCAUUCUCAUUCUCUGUCUGCCCCUCAUGAAUCCUUUUCUUAUGGACUGGGCUACACUAGCCCCUUCUCCUCCCAGCAGCGUCCACAUAGGCAUUCCAUGUAUGUGACCCGGGACAAAGUGAGAGCCAAAGGCUUGGACGGAAGCUUGAGCGUAGGACAAGGGAUGGCAGCCAGAGCCAACAGCCUGCAGCUCUUAUCACCUCAGCCUGGGGAACAGCACCCUCCAGAGAUGACUGUGGCAAGAUCUUCUGUUAAAGAACCCUCCAGAGAAGGCAACCCUUCAUUCCAUGCGCGGCAGAAAUCUGAGGGUGGAGCAUAUCAUGAUCCCCACUCUGAUGAUGGCACUGCCCCCAAAGAAAAUAGACAUCUGUACAAUGAUCCCGUUCCGAGGAGAGUUGGCAGCUUCUACCGAGUGCCAUCUCCACGUCCAGAUAAUUCUUUCCAUGAAAAUAAUGUGUCAACUAGAGUUUCUUCCCUACCAUCAGACAGCAGUUCUGGAACUAACCACUCCAAAAGACAACCAGCAUUUGAACCAUGGAAAAGUCCUGAAAACAUUAGUCAUUCCGAACAACUCAAGGAAAAAGAAAAACAAGGCUUUUUCAGGUCAAUGAAAAAGAAAAAGAAGAAAUCUCAAACAACAGAUUCCACCAACGGGGAGAAUCCAAGCAUCAAGAAAUCCCUCUUUCCUCUUUUUAAUUCAAAGAAUCAUUUAAAGCAUAGUUCUUCUUUGAAAAAGCUUCCUGUAGUCACUCCACCCAUGGUGCCCAAUUCUGAAGGCCCUGAUCUUCUGACAUUGCAGAAAGCCAUUCACUCUGCUAGCACCCCAAGCAGCAGACCAAAGGAGUGGCGUCCUGAGAAGAUCUCCGAUCUACAGACCCAAAGCCAGCCGUUAAAAUCACUGCGCAAGCUGUUGCACCUCUCUUCAGCUUCCAAUCACCCAGCUGCUGCGGAUCCCCGCUUCCAGCCCUUAACAGCUCAACAAGUCAAAAAUGCCUUCUCAGAAAUUCGAAUUCACUCCCUGAGCCAGGCCUCUGGUGGGACCAGUAACAUCCGACAGGAGCCCACGCCAAAGGGCAGACCAGCCCUUCAGCUGCCAGGUCAGAUGGACCCUGGUUGGCAUGUGUCCUCUGUGACCCGCAGUGCCACAGAAGGGCCUUCCUACUCUGAACAGCUGGGAGCCAAGAGUGGGCCAAAUGGGCACCCUUAUAACAGAACAAAUCGGUCUCGAAUGCCAAAUCUGAAUGAUUUAAAAGAGACAGCCUUGUAAUGUGUGCUUGGGGCUGGGGUCAGGGGACGAGCCAGUUAGGAGGGGAGGGGAGGGGCUGGGCUUAGAGGGUGGGGUGGGAAAUGGGCUGGGCCAGGGUGGUAAGCCAGUAUUUUCAGCUUUAUGAAGGUGUGUGCAAUAUUGUAUGUGUGGAGCCAUUGGGCUCCUCACAGCCACAAAUGCUAGUCAGGGAUCUUAGAGCCGCAGGAGUUCCUUAGGGAUCCCCAUCUCCACGGGUCUUGUGUGAGAAUGGAUAGAGUGUGCCGUUGAGGAAGAAGACGUUCUUGCCAGUUUCUCCCCCUUACAUUCCAGCUGUAGUGCAAUCCCUGUUGAACUUGGGAAAGCCAGGACAUGUUCUGGCACUGCAAGGGAAAGAAAAAUCCGUGUUGACCGAUGCCCUCAUCACAGAUUUUUUUUCUGCCUAGACUAAAUGUGGGGUUUGUUGUAAUCCAAGAGUAUCCCUUUGGAGGGUUAGCAGAUGAACUAACUGUAUGUCUUAAAUUGUUUUCUAAAGUUCCAUAUUUGAUAGGAUUUGUAACAUUUAUUUAUAAUUAAUAUUGUAUUGUUCUAAUCAUACCUUUUAUGUUAAAUGUAAAGUUAUUUUGAGCUGUUUGGAACAUUGUGAAGCAGUGGGACAGCUACAGUAGUUUCUAUAAAAACUAAACAGUAACAUUUAUAUAUUGCAUCAGGAGUAUUUUAUUCUAUAUAUAAAUAUAUAUAUGAUAAAUAUCUGUCUGUUUUAUAAAUAUAAUCACUUAAAGAAAGUAUCGUUAUGACACUCUGCCAUAUUUUUAUACAUUUGUAAUAUGAAGUGAGUAUUAUACUUCUAAUCAAGGGAGUUGACUUGUGGCUGUAUGUGACUGUAACAGUAGGAACCUUGCUCAACUUUUAGGCCGCAGCAGUAGCCUCUAGACAUGCUCCUUGGUAGCAGACAGGAUGUAGCAUCUCCUUCCGAACCCACAGAGGAAGAAAGUGGGUUAGGCCGGUGAGAACUCUGGCAGGCCUCGUCUCUGUCCUCACACAGUUGGCUGCUCUUCAUGUCCAGGGACAUUCCUUGCACCUAAGGGAGAACAGAUCCAGGCUUACUUAUGGGUCUUUGUAGAGAGAAUGUGCUCUUCUACUUAGCAUUAGUGUAGAGCGUUGACCAAAGAUUUGCCAGUGAACAUUCCUAGUUGCGAUGUUGUAAGAGGCCCCUGUCUGCAGAUCUGGCAGACCAGCUCUGUGCUCCUGAAUCCUGUGCAGUGUACCAGAGACUCUUGGUUGGGGUGGGGGUGGGGGCAUGAGAUACAUGCGUGGCGUUUCUGUUUCUGAAUACUUCCUUUGUUAUUGCUCUUUCCAACAUAUUUAAAAGGCUCCUGAAGUAAUUCUAGAUGUAGAGAAAAUUGCUAUAUCCACAUUGUCUUCUUGGGACUGUACACAUAUAACAAGGUUAUAUAUACACACACACGGUCAGAACAGGACUUACCUUUCCCUCAUUUGAUCUCCUUCAACUCCCGAGUUCCUUCCAAGUGUCAUCAAGGCCUUUGGCCAACAAAGGUUAUAGCCCUGUGUCCCUGGGCCAUCCUUGACAGAGACCACUCAACACCAUUAUCCAUCAAGAGCAUUAGAUUUUUGGAAGUAGUCUCCUAGCAAUAAUAUUUUUUAAAGGCCCCAUCCCAUUCCUCAAAGACAUAAGGUCUCAGUAUUUAUUACUUGUCCCAGGAUUCUGAGAGUGUCAGCCCCUGAAUCAAGUUAGCUGUAACUGAAAUGUGCUGUUACUGUUCCCCUCCCCCACAAUUUUGAGAAUCAUAGCUCUGAUGUUUAUGAAGAUUAUAAAGAGAAAGUCUUAGUUUCUUUGAAGCUUAAAUUGUGUGCAUAUUGCAUUUUUAUAUAACUACUAUAAUGAUGUGUAUUGAUUAUAUAUAGAGGUCAUUUUAAGGUGCUUUUUAUUUAAUUUAAUAAGUGUAAUAGGCACUAAAAUGAAACUCAACUGGGUACUAUCAUUGAAACAAUUUGAUUCAGACCAAUAGUUUGCAUGCUCUUUGGUUCUUUUUAUAUCUUGUUUCUUUUACCAGUUCAGUACUGUUCGAGUAGCUCUGAAUUCUGGCUUUUCCCAGGCAGCUGCUCAGUUAUAUAAGUGAUGUGGACCCUUAGCAGUUUUUGCCUGGAUACUAAUAACUAUAAAAGGGUGUAUAACUCUUCUUUUUCAUACUAGAUCUGUACCUUGUAUCUUCCCCCUUGCAAACCAGAAACUACAUUUUUUUCCUCUGGAAAGACUUCUCACUGUGCUGUGCGCUUAGGAACUGCGCAGUCACAUUGCCACGCUGUGGCAUUUGAGGCUCGUUGUCACUUAGCGGCUGGUUUCCCAUGUUUUCAUCCUUGUUAACACUGGGAUCUCAGAUGUUUGCAGAUCAUUUCUAUUUCUGAUGGUUCUUCAAAGAAGGGCUAGAAUAAUUGCCUUCUACCUAGAGCAAAGUAAACCUAACUGAUGAAGAGUCAAUACAUACUUUUCGUACAUUCCCAGAUUUGAGCCAGAAAAUAUCUACGGUGUUUUCAACUCGUGUUUUUGAGGUAGCUCUUUUAUCCUCUCCCCAGCUUUUGUCCAUUCUGACUUUUCAUUGACCUUAGUGAGCUGUAACGUGAACUUCAAUCCGCAUUUCUAGCAGGUAUAAUGCUUUUCCUUCUUGCACAGGGGAAUGGGAAUGGUCAAGUUUCCUCUCAAGUCUGAUGGGCCCUCUUCUUAGCUUUUAACUGUUAUUUUCCUCUGUCGAUGAACUAUCGAUCUGACAGAGAUUGCCACCCACGAUAAGGAUUUGAUUUAAAGUCACAAAAGCUUGCAUUUUCUUUAGGGAGGGAAAUUCUUAUGACAUCUGUGUUCUGUUAUCUGCCCUAACUUCCUAAAGAAUAAAAAGGUUGAAUCAUUGCUUAUGAAUUAUUUUGUCUUAUGAAAGUAUCACUGAUGUCCUUUUGGAAAGAAACUCUGCUUCGCUGUUUUUCUACUUUUGCUUUACCACCAUCCUCAUUUUUUCUCCUCCGAAGUUCUAAAUGAACUUUCACUGAAUCUUGCUUGGUCUACAUCUGACGUUUAGCCUCUCUCCAGAGCUCCAGACCAAAAGUACUCCGUACUGAGGGGCUCAAGUGAGCAGUCUCUACAGCAGUGGUUCUCAACCAGGGCCGAUUCUGCCUCCAGCAACAUUUGGCUAUGUCAGGAGACAUGUUAGGUUGUUACAACUGGGUGUGGUGGGGUGCUACUGGCAUGUAGUUGGUAGAGGCCAUGGGUGCUGCUACACAUCCUACAUGAACAGGAUCCCCCACAAACCAAAAUGAUCCAGCCCCGAAGGUCAGUAGUAGUGUUGUGGUUGAGAACCCUGCUUGCUCUACUGUGUUCCAUCAGUCUGCGGAGCUCGGCUCUGUUCUUGUCUCUCCAGGCUAGGAAACUGUAGGCAUGAAUUCUUCAGCAUCUCGUUCUUUAAAGAAUCUUCUACCACUGUUUUUAAAUCCCUGGAAUCCUAUUGUUUGUUUCUAUUGUCUUGGGCCUGCUAAAAGGUGCAUCCUUUAGGAGGAGACCAGAGUUACUUUAUAGGUGUUUGAGAGCUUAAAUUCUAGGUCAGCAUCCUUAGAAAAUCUUUCAUAGAGCCAUGAUGCUUAUAUUUAGAAGUGAGCAGCAGCCUGGCAGAUUGGCAUGAUUUUUACCAACUGCUCAAAGGCAUCCAUGGCUUUUAGCU